AUUUUACAUGACUGUAUAGAGUUUAUACAAGUGCUUUAAAAAUAACUGUUCACUGAAACAUGACAUUUACACUACACAUCGCUGUAGAAAAAAUAUUAUUCUGACAUGUAGAUAUAGUAAUACGUAUUUACUGGAUAAAAUAUGUGUUAUAUGAUGUCCCGAAGAUGUUUAAAGAGUAUCUCCGAUGACAUAAUACACAUAUGACGGAUAAGUAAGCUUUUAGAAUAUUUAAUUCUCCGACAACGUUCACCAGCUUUGAAUAUUCAGCGAACAAUUGCCGAUUUCAAAACAAAAGGACAUAAGAAGAAAAGGGAAAGUACAAAGUACAUGAAUUAGAUGUUGACAAAUUGCUACAGAAAUGACAGAAGUAAAAGAAAAUUUUAGUGAAGUGACCGAAAACUUCGAUGGGGCUAAAAAAGAACAAGGCGCAGAGAAAAGUAAUAUAGAUGCUUCUUCUAUACACAAAGACGAGCAAAAGUAUUAUAAUCUCAAGAAAGAACUUCAAGCUGGCCUGAUUAAAUUGUACAGAGAUAAAUUGAGUGUUAUACCCAUGGCCCCGCUUCUUGAAGAAAUACAGACACCUCUAGCUGGGUUUUAUGUGAUGCCAGAUAUGGUCGCUGUUAAACAGAAGUCUUAUAUAAACGAGGAAGUGGAUAGAACACGAGUCAAAUCUUUUAGUGAUCUAUUUUCAACUGGAAAUGAAGGUCAACAAGAAAUAUAUUUAACGGCUGAGGAAGGUUUUGGAAAAACUGUUUUGUCAAAAUAUCUUGCAAUCACGUGGUGUCAAGUUCAUUGCCAAGACGAAAACCAUGCUUGUUUUAAAGAUGAGGAUUUAAAAGGUUUAUCUAACUUUGAGUUCUUAUUUUUGAUUUUAUUAAGAGAUUCAACCGAUAUUUGUAGCAUAUACCAAAUGAUUGAGCUGCAAAAUAUUGCCCAAUUGCCUCCGUCAGUAUCACUAGAAGAAGUUUUACGUAGAGAAAAAUGCUUGAUAAUAUUAGACGGUCUUGAUGAAUGGACACACCCAGAUAAUGGCUGUAGCAAGUUAAAAACUGUUCCACAUCGGUAUGUACAAGAACAUAAUUGUGUUAUCCUUACGACUGUUCGUCCAUGGAAGCUUGAGGCUUCAAAAAGUACAACAUGUCAUAUAACCAAGACAGUAGAGUUGGUUAAACUAAAUGACGAUGCCGCGCGUGUACUACAGGAAAAUGCCAUAAGAAAAAUUGCCGGCGUCCAUGAUGAGGAUGUAUUGAAGGGUAAAAUACGGGACUUUAAUAAAGCUUUACGUGACCGUUGCAUAAAACAUAUACAAGCAGUUCCACUACUCCUCGUUUAUAUUGCAUACUUAUGGUGUAACGAGAUACCUACAGGGAAUUCAAAGCAUGAAGUUUAUACCAAUAUCGUCGAAUUUCUAUUAACAAGGACGGCAAGAAAACACACGGAAGUUCAACCAUCUUCUGAAUCUUCUGCUAUUGACAUCCCAGCAUACUUCAGUGAUUACCACUUUUGUAAAACAUUUAGCUCUCUUAUAACAUCGCUAUCAGAAUUAGCUUAUCAGACAAUGUUUAAUGAAACAAGAGAAAACACGCUGGUGUUUGAUAGACUUGUUGCUGACAAAUAUCUUAAACCAGACGACAUGAAUACCAGCCUUCUCUCAGGAUUAUUGUCAGAAAGCAAAGCUAAAAAUUUAACAAAAGAAAUUACUAAAGUAUCGUUUUCUCAAAAACCUGUUCAAGAGUUCUUUGCCGCCAUAUUUAUAAGCUCUCAAAGUGGCACUAAGAAAACAAUUUUAGAAAGAUGUAAAUCUGUUCACGACAUUCUGAACAUGUCAACAGUUUUUGAUUUUAUAAGUGCAAUAAAUGUUGACCUGAUGUGUUCUAUUUUAAAGUAUCUUCCGUCUGUUAUGAAUGAAGAUGAGAAAACAUUCAAAUAUAGAACUACGACAGGUUACAGUCACUCAUUGCAUAACGUACAGAACAUGUAUAUGUCGUGUUUAAAAGAAAUUCCUGAAAAUGAAAUCCUUCAAUUAUGUUUACAAGAUUUCUUCAUUGAUGAGGGCAAUGAACACAGUGAGCAGUUACAACGAUUGUCGAAACAAAAUAAGACCAACAUAAAAUCGCUUUAUAUAAAAUCUGACGAGACUUCUAACUGUUUACGUGAAAUUGUCGAUUUAUUCUCUCUCACAGAUCUCAGUCAUAUACAGAAACUGUACUAUCAUAGUGACAGUAAAACGGAAGCUGAUAUAACUUUUUUAUUGUUUCCCAGUUUACUUUGCGUCGCUUUUUUGUCUGGUAAAUGGACAAAUAAUGACGAAAAUAUGAGUGAAAAUUUGGCGCGAUUACAAAAUUUACAAUGUUUACACAUUGGACGUUUCACUUUAUCUCACAAAAUACUGGAAACAAUUUUGAAUUUUAUCUCCAGUACCACAUCAUUGAAAGAGUUAACAUUGGACAUUUUAAUCUGUAAAGAACACGACGAUGAGUGUAAAAGUUUGAACUUGGACUUGUCUCAACAUGAUAGUCUAAAAAAGUUACGUUUAGGGUGGUUACCUACGUUAAAAUUAGAUGUAACAACAGCAUCAUUAGUUGAUAUGACGUUAAGGUGGAUCAAUUUAGAUAAAAAUUCAUUGUUACUAUCACCUGACAUGUUGAAUAUUGAACAAGUCGUGUUUUCGGUGAUAGAAAUGUCUGCAGAAAGUUUAGAGAACUUUAUGUCCGUGCUGGGAUGUCUUCCACAGUCAGUCAAAGUAAAGAUUAUCGAUAUAGAACCGGAAACAGAAUAUGAGCGCGUUAGAGAAAAUAUUCGGAAUUCACAAACUCAUGAUGUGAUUGAAGACGACUGCUGGUUUGUGUUCAAAACAAGAAAUUAAAGUAAAGAAUAGACAAUGAUAUACAUUGUAAAGUAAAGUGAUAAAAUUACUUUUAGUCUGAAAAUAGUUUAACAAUGGACAUUGAAGUGGCAAAAUGAAGAUUUAUGAUGUUCAUAUUGAUUGUUAUUAUCUCAUGAAAUGAAUAAACUAAAAGGCCAAUUUAAUAUUAAUUCAGUGAAAGUUGUUACUAUAUAUAAAAACAUUUAAAUGAUGAAACAAUGGCAAUUGUAUCUAUUGGUGAAUGUAUAGUGUAAGGUGGUCAAAGUGUUCAAAGUGGUCACUUUUGUCAUGGUAGAGAGAUAUAUAAAACAUAUAACAGUUUUGAUAAUGCAGUUUUUAUUAAUUGAUUGAUGUCUGUUAUAUUUCUAAGGUUAUUGAAUUGUCUUUUAGUUUAUUAGGGUAGGAUUAGGUACUUAAAAUCAUUUUUUAAGCUAUUACUACCAUAAUUGAAGUCAUCAGACCUCUUCAUACUGUUGAGAAUGAUUGCUGGCGGCAUCAAAUUGAAGUGAAUGAAUCUCAUUUUAAACCUAAAAUCAUUAGAACCAGGCUACAAAAAUAUUUUUUGCAUGCUCCGCUUCAAAAAACGACUUUGUUUAAACAAAAAAAUAAUAUCAAAUCUGUAAAAGGAUAAAUCGGAAAAUAUAAUUUUG